GUGCCGUCGAACACUGAACGGGACGUUCAAACGCGUUCGGUGUAGUCAGUUUCUUUCAAAAGUCCUGGUCGUUCUUUUUGUUAAGAACCUCGUUCGUUCGUGCACUUUACCGAACUGUUCGAACGGUGCGAUUCUCGUUCAUUUUACACAUGCCUAAUCUAUUCCUAUGAUGCUUUUACGCCAGUAAUGAAGUCUUCUGUCUCUGUUCUGUUCAGGUGUCCUUUUAUUACACAUUUUCGCCAAUCUCUAGGUUGUCUGUCAGGAAUUGAAUACAUCACAAGUAGAUUGUGGGCCAUGCAGACCUCUGUAAGCUUCUCGAUCUUUAGGGAUUGAUGUCUUCUCAAUAAGCUGUCAUUCUCGACAAGCUGACGGGCUUCAUGUAAGAUUGUGUAACCACACAAUGCUUGGCUUGAUAGCCGAUAAAAUGAGUUAAAAAUAGGUACAUAAAACCAUUACAAGCUAACACUUGUCUGUAACUUAAACAAGCCUGUCUGUGUUUAUACAGACAACCUACCUACCAGCACAUGUCUUAUCAUAUCAAGAUAAACAAGCAAUGUAAAGCAUGCCGAAAAUGUGUAACGAUUAAGCUGCAUGUAAAUCCAUUUCCGAGAAAGAUUGUUUUGGGCAAAACGGUGUUAUAACACCAGCAAUUCAACGGUAAAAUUCAUCAAACCGUACAACAUAUGGCUUCAGGGUGGUUAGUUGGGUAAAAAUACAUGUAGCUUAACCCCAAAUCAGCGUCUUAUCGAUUGCGAAUAGAUAUGAUUGAAUAUUUUCGGAUGACAAACAAUGUCGUUCGUGAAUCAAUCGUCUUCUUGCCAGCACCCCUCCCCGUUUCAGACCUGUGGUAUUUCUGAGAAAUCUUAUCACAUACCUUACCCUAUGGGUUCUUUAUCUUAUCACCUUUUUCGAUAUGACGUGCUCGUUCCCAUUCGUCCGUUAUUGCGCUAUAAGCGAUUGGUAACGUACGCCCAUCAGCUCAGUAUUUUUGCACUAGUGACUGGUGAAGGUAGUGCACCUUCCCGAUCGCGUAUAACAGUAUGACAGUUCGUCCGACUGUAGCCUUAAGUUUGCUGGUGGUAGUGCUCGGUGCGUUCGCCAGUGCCCAAAGUGAUACAGAUGAUGGGAAUUAUCGUUUUCAAACUCGGCCACCGCUGCCGGACGCUUCCGUGAUGCCAACGCUGGCCAACGGAAACAUCGGCUUUGUCGCGUACGGUGAAUACGUCCACCUGAACGGAGUGUACAAUGGGCUGCGUGGUAAGUCGCACCGUGCCCGCAUACCGAACUACGGCAACAUACAGCUGACGGCCUGUUCGCCCAGCAGCCCAGGAGGUGUAGCGGACACCUGCAUCUACCAGCUCAAUAUGCGAACGGGCAAGUUUGUGACGGUUGAGGAGACGGGUGACUACCGGCUAGUGCACGAGAUGUACCCCCAUCGGUACUACGACACAGUGCUAGUGAACCGCAUUCGUAUACAGCGCCUCGGCUCGACCAACACCAUCACGGCACGGUUGUCUCAGAUCCCAGGACUGCAGGCCGCCGACUUUACCUGGCAGCCGAGCACAGAGUUUGUCAUGGGGGGCCAGCUGUACAAAUCUCAGUGCGGCGUUACGGUGCAGGUCGAGGAGCCGACCGUGCAAGCGUUCGGGCACAAUGUGUGCGUGACCUAUCCGGCCAUCCCGGAGACGGUACAGAUCGAACCGGACACGAUGGCUAGUGAGUUUCUGUUCUGUACGGCAUUCACCAUGACGGAGGAGGACGGUCGGCGACAGCUGGAAGUCGUGACGGGUUUGACCGGUGCGCAGGAGGAAACGCUUCACAUGCGCGAAAUGGAUAGGCUGUGGGAGCGUUACGGUAUCAGUGUGGAACGCAACGAUGAGCUCGACCGAGUGAUAAAAGCAAGUGCGUUCUAUCUGUUCAGCUCACUGCCGGCCCAUCAGGUGGCGGCCUCUAGCGGGCGGUAUCCAUUCUACGGGCUUGCACCGGCCGGUCUGGGUCGCGGCGGUAUAGAGGAGCAAGAGUACCAGGGACACAGCUUCUGGGACACGGAGAUUUGGAUGUACCCGUCAAUUCUGCUGAUGGAUCCCAUCAACGCGGCAAAGGUGCUGAGCUACCGUACCACCGUCAUCGGUGGAGCACGCAUGAACGCGAUGAAGCACGGUUUCGAAGGCAUCCAGUUCCCCUGGGAGUCUGCCUUUACCGGUACGGAGGUGACACCAGACUGCUGCCCGGAGGUGGCAGACUUUCAGCAUCACAUUACCGCCGACAUUGUGUUUGCGGCACGGCAGUAUUUCUACGCGACUGGCAACACGGACUGGCUUAAGUCGCACGGUUGCCGGCUGGCAGCGGACUCGUCGCUGUUCUGGCUGAGCCGGGCGUCCUACAACAACGCGACCGACCUGUACGACAUCCACAAUGCAAUGGGACCGGACGAGGACCAUCCGAACGUGUCGAACAACGCGUUCACGAACGUGAUGGCGGCGCACAAUCUGUUCUUUGGUGAGUUCGCUUCGUGCUACUGCCGCGAUCAGACGGUCAACGAGACUGUCCGGCGGGAGUUGCUGCAGGUUGCGCGUGGAUUGACGCUACUGUACGACGCUGCGGGUGACUUCCAUCCGCAAUUCGAAGGAUACCAGCCGGGCACACCAAUCAAGCAGGCUGAUACGGUGCUGCUGAUCUAUCCACUGCAGCACCCGAUGAAUGUCUCCACCAAGGCAAACAAUCUGCGCCAGUACUCGCAGGUGACGCGUGAAAAUGGACCGGCAAUGACGUGGGCCAUCCACACGAUCGGGCACCUGGAGCUGGGCGAGGUGCAGCAGGCAGCCACCAUGUUCGAUAAGAGCUAUCGCCAGUAUCUGCGCGCCCCGUUCAACGUGUGGAGCGAGAAUGGGAACAAUGAGCCCGGGGCGGGCAACUUCAUCACCGGUGCCGGUGGGUUCCUGCAAUCCCUCAUCAAUGGGUACGCGGGCGUGCGGUUGCAUCAGGACCGGUUGGAGAUUAAGAAUGCACGGUUGCCGCCGGACACGCGCUCACUGCAUCUGCCAACGGUGGAGUACCGUGGCGUAUUGUUUGCGCUGACGGUGAACGAAACCGGGAUUAAGGUUGCGAUCCGGGUCGAGGGGCAGCCGGAUCUGAAGCUAACGGUCGACGGAACGGAGCGACCCAUCUGCAAGGAUUGUGAAUAUGAAGGCACAACCGCUAUCAUACAGCAGACAAAGGACCAAAUAUUCGAAGGCUGCCGACUGCGGCCAACUACGCUGGGCGUGAAGGUUGCGGACCAGACGGAUGCGGCUCCGGCUCUUCGUACCACGGCGUUGGCUUUCUUGUCCCUCAUCGUUUGCUCGUUGCUGAGCAAGAUGUUCUGAGGAAUCAAACAGAGGGAGCUAAUGUUUAAGGCGUGUGUUACAAAAUAUUUUAUAAUUUUGUUUCGUAAUUCUAAAAUAUGAUGUAUUAUUUGUUUGGCUUUUUUGAGAUUUAAUGUUAUGUUUUUGUGUAAUAAAUAAACGAUGCUCUUUUCA